CGCGGUCGUUCCUCGAGUCUCGCUCGGUAACGCGGCGGCGGAUUGCGCAACUGAGUCCGGCGGUCGUCCCGCCAGGAUGGGUUAAGCGCCCGGACGCGCCGGGCGGAUCGGUCGAGAGGCCAGGUCGGGCGGGCGGCGAGGCCGCCCGGGGGACGAGGACGGCCGACCGCCGCGCCGCGAGGUCGAGGCCCCCCGUCGGCCCUCGGCCGCCGGCGGCCAUCUGACGAGCCCCCCCUGUGAUCGCGGAAUCGACGUACCUGCCCCCCAGCGACGAGGAGGAAGAAAGAGAGAGAGAGAGAGAGGUCCGACCCGUACUUAAGGCGAGCUUUAUUUAACGCGGAACCUCGAGCUCGCGCGACGUUGCCGCGCUUCCUCCGCGCCUACCCCAGAUGACAUAUAUAUAUCUAUAUCUAUAUCUACACAUAUAUACGCGUAUAUAUUUAUAUACACGUGCGAGAGUCUGACUUGCGACGCGAGCCUGCCCAAAACACGGGCGAGCCGGCAGGCCGUCGAGGUUACAUGUAGUAUUAGUAAACCGUGCAAACCGAGUACCUUAAAUCUACCAAAAACACGGGAGAGGAGGAGAGGGAGAAGGAAGUCGCCGGCCGCGGAGCGAGGAGAGCAACGUUGAGGCUGUGUCGCAAGAGGGCGACCCCUCGUGGGGACAUCGCGCGACCGCACUUUUAGCGCCGGAAGCACUUUUCCCCGGAGGUCGGCGAAUCCGUCGAUUCCGCGCGAGUCCGCGGAUCGCGAUAUCGCUUAUCGAUCCCACCCGGCUCCGAUAACGGCCGGGGCCCUCGACGUCGCGACGACGCGCAGCGAGCGACAAGUGGUUACGAGCGGCGAGGCCGGAGCGACGACGCUCCAGUGCAGGAGGAUCGUCUUCCUGGGAGUCUCCGUUUUAGGGAUCUUUAAGCCGGUGGAGGAUCGUCGACGAAGACGUACGAAGAUCAGGGAAAAGGAAGUGGAAGGAAGAACGGGACGCUACGGGGGACCGCGAACCAAGAUACAGAGGGAGGAAGGAAGAGCUUGACGUCGCCGCAACAAGUGGACGGCGCCCACGUGGCGUCGCGACGCCACCGUAUCGACGACUUCGCAACCUCGGGGAAGAGUCGACGGAUCCUCGGGCGACGUUACGCAAGACUCGCGCCGUCUCUCGUGACGUGUCGCGACGAUAAACUCGGUCUCUCCGUCUCUCUUUCUCUCGCUGGCUGAUAACGGAGGUGCGGAGCGGUGCCAAGCGGAGUCGCGCUUCCUGGUGACCAGGGGAGCCUGGAGGAGGACCUCGAAACGGAGCCGAGUCCUGGGGCGGUCGGACCACGAGGAGACGUCGACUCGCUGGUCGAGGACGCCCUUGGUCGGGGAAGGAGGCGAACCCGAGGAGGGGGAUAUCAAAGCGGCGGAGGAGUUAAAAGUAUAGAUUUAGAGAGGCGAGAGAACACGUGGGGGAUUGGAGUUCGAGGAAACGGUACCUGAGAGUCGCUUUAAGGGUCGAGGUUUGGCCGGCCAGGAUCUUGAGGAUCUUGGGGAGGAUCUCGCGGGGACUCCGAAGUGACCCACGAGGGUGAAGACGGACUUUGGAUGACUUUCCUAUUUUGCGGCUUCGUCUUCGACUCCUCCGACGACAAGGCCGGACCGAUGCCGGUGGCGUCGGAGGACUGGGUGCCGCACCCGGCCAAGAUCGGCGGGGGGGCCACCGUCCAGGGCACCGCGGCCGCGUGGACGUCCCCCUACGGGAGGGCCGCGCCUCCCGGGGACAGGGGCCCUCCCGGGCCAAACCACGGCACCGUCAUCCUCGAGGGGUGUCGCCCCCCGGCCGCCAGGAGGUUCCUCAGGUGGUUCAGCAGGCUCGGCCAGCCGCCCAUCGGGAAGUCAGGGGUGCUGGAGAUGGCGGCCACCGAGAGUACAAUCAGAUUCAGCGGUCACACGUUGGACAAGGCCACAAAGGCGAAGGUGACGCUUGAGAAUUACUACAGCAACCUGAUAGCCCAGCACAUCGAGCGCAAGCAGAGGCUCGCUAAGCUGGAGGAAUCCUUGAAGGACGAGGGCCUCUCGGAGCAACAAAAGCAGGAGAAAAGGCUGCAGCACGCCCAGAAGGAGACCGAGUUCCUCAGGCUGAAGCGCUCCAGGCUCGGCGUCGAGGAUUUCGAGCCCCUCAAAGUCAUUGGCAGAGGUGCUUUCGGCGAGGUGAGACUCGUGCAGAAAAAGGACACCGGCCACGUGUACGCCAUGAAGAUCCUGAGGAAGGCGGACAUGCUGGAGAAGGAGCAGGUCGCCCACGUAAGGGCCGAGAGGGACGUCCUCGUCGAGGCUGAUCACCAGUGGGUCGUCAAGAUGUACUACAGUUUCCAGGACCCGAUCAACCUGUACCUCAUCAUGGAGUUCUUGCCCGGAGGCGAUAUGAUGACCCUCCUUAUGAAGAAGGACACGCUGUCCGAGGAGUGCACGCAGUUUUACAUUUCGGAGACGGCGUUGGCCAUCGACUCCAUACAUAAGCUAGGUUUUAUUCAUAGGGAUAUCAAGCCGGACAACCUGUUGCUGGACGCACGGGGCCACAUAAAGCUCUCGGAUUUCGGACUGUGCACCGGCUUAAAGAAGUCCCACAGGACCGACUUCUACCGGGACCUCAGCCAGGCGAAACCGUCCGACUUCAUGACGUCCUGCGGAAGCGGGAGCGGCGGGGCGAUGGACAGCAAAAGGAGAGCCGAGAGCUGGAAGAGAAACAGAAGAGCACUGGCCUACAGCACCGUCGGCACUCCUGAUUACAUCGCCCCGGAAGUCUUUCUGCAGACCGGGUAUGGGCCUGCUUGCGACUGCUGGUCUCUCGGGGUCAUCAUGUACGAGAUGCUCAUAGGGUAUCCCCCGUUCUGCAGCGAAAAUCCUCAGGAAACUUACCGAAAAGUCAUGAACUGGCGCGAGACGUUGAUUUUCCCUCCGGAAGUGCCCAUCAGCGAGGAGGCCAAGGAUACGAUCAUCAGGUUCUGCUGCGAAGCCGAUAGGAGACUAGGCUCUCAGAGAGGCAUCGAGGAGCUGAAGCUCGCCCCCUUUUUCCGCGGUGUCGACUGGGAGCACAUCAGAGAAAGACCAGCUGCCAUUCCGGUCGAAGUGAGGUCCAUCGACGACACGUCGAACUUCGACGAGUUCCCGGACGUGAAACUCGAAAUACCGUCAGCUCCACUGCCGCAAGAUGGAGAAGUGAUAUACAAGGACUGGGUCUUCAUCAACUACACGUUCAAGCGAUUCGAAGGUCUGACGCAACGCGGUACGCCUACCAAGAAAUAGCAACCCCCGACAGGCUGUUCGGUCGCCAGCAAUCAGCAAUGCGACCCGAUUGGAAUCCCAGCCCUGGUACAUCAGACACACCCGCCGUUCCCGUCGUCUCGAGGCGAUGGCUGAUCCGACCAGCGAUUGGCAGCAACACUCCAGCCCUCGGCAUUCAGGAACGAACGAUCCUUCUCUGUCUGUACAUAGGAUAUGCGAUGCGAGCACGAGACACGUACGGUCCACGAUUACCACCUAAGCAACGAGAUUGACAUCCGACCACGACUAUUGGAGUAUCCGUACCGAGAGGCACGACGAUUCCGGAAGGAGGGUGCCGGAUUUUUGACCCUUGACCCGCGACUUUCUGUGCCCAGGACUAUGUGGAUGCACCUUGGGAGUGUCACGAUGCACGUAUGACACGUGGGGUGGCGGGAAACGACACGUGGAGGUGAUUGUUUACCCACGGUGGGGUCUUGGUAGGUCGCGAUGGCUUUGAUCUUUCGUCCCGGGUCUCGACCCAGGUCGAAUGUUCAAAUCGGAAGUGAUUCGACGCGUCUAGCAUAAUAAGCUCUCUGUGGUACGGUGUAACGAGGGGUCGCAGGUCACUCUGCACCUGGAUCCUCGCAUGUAUAUGUUAUUAGGCGUGCAUGCCGAUAGAUCGCACCUAUCGAUGUUCCGCGGAUGCUUUAAGGGUACAUUCGACGGAUAUACGUGGUCGAACUCGAAGAGAUGUGUCUUCUUCAGCUCCCAGGUCCCUCUUGCCUUUCCCGCCGCGAAAGAAGGCGUUUCAGAUCAUUCACGCCCUCCUCGGUUAUAACCUCUUACACGCCAUGGGGACUUGGAACGCUAUAUAAGAAAUGCUUUCUAAAAUUAGGCGCUUUUCGGUAGGAACUUUCUGUCCAUGUCUUUGCUGGCAUCGAAGUCUCUCUCUCUCUCUUGAGAUUUUCUCUGCAAUUAACGCGGCAACGGUAUUACGUUAACGUUUAAUUGUACAGUCUUGUUAUAGGGCACAUUAGUUGGGCGUUGGAACGCGGAAUGGAGGAGUCCACGGGUUUAUUAUUCGAUUUGCGAGGCUGUAGUGGUUUGAUCUCACGGCGUCUCAUUGUUCGGGGGAAAUUGACGGUUCAAGAGCAGGGCGAGGUACAUGUGCUGUACAUGUUUAAAAGGAAAAGGAGGCAAGGUGAGCGCGUUGUUGGCGCGACACUUCCACGGCGAAGGACAAUGAAAAAGCGUAAAAGACGUAAAAACGCGGUUUUUACGGUUCGGAUCUUUUCCGCUGCCUUAGCAAGGUUCCUAGCCAUCGGUCUUACGAUCGAGUGCUUCUAUAUUUAAGAUCCCAGCUUACCUCGAAAUUAAAAGGUCUCUGGUCCGCUGGAGAUUCGAUUCACCCUCGAGAGGGAGCGUUUACGCAUUUCCGUCGAAUGUACGCUCUGCGAUUUCUUCAGGCCGCGUAAAGAUUCACGACUCCUGUCAAGAGGAUGCUGAUAGCCAGGGCACCCCGGUAAUAAAAUAAAGGUAGCGAGAGGAAGGAUCGAAAGACGGUCAAGGGAUGACAAGAGACACGUGCGUCCGGACGCAUCCGCUCAUGGAAACCUGUACACGCUCCGGAUCCAGCAAGAAAAGAUGUACCCCGUUUAAUUAAUUUCUAAUGUCCUUUUUUUUUGGUCCAGUCCAGGAGCUCGAUCCUUAAAAAUUAAGUAUACAGAACUGUCGGGCUCCUAAUCAAGUACAGUGGCGGUUGUAAAUGCCUUCCCUGCUGAUGUAGGGUCGACAAUCUAUGAUGGGAACGCAUUCACGUCCACCAGGGUACAAGAACAAUAUUGUAUAUUCCUCCGAAUUUGUGAAUAACCGAGUUCUCUCAAGUGCAACGGAUGGAGACCCACUUCGCGCCGUGGCGAGAUGCAUUUCUUGGGGGGGCAGGAACGCGUGGAAUUCCGGAUUGGUUAAUUCCCGAGACCCCCGGGUUCUUCUCGCGACCCUCAAAGCUUUGUACAUUUCCCGAGGAGCUGAUGCAUACAUCUCGCGAGAGAUGGGCACGCGAAGUGCAUCCUGCACCGAGCAAGCCCCCCGGGUGCCUCCUCGCACCGAGGGGCGAUUAGGGUUACGAGGUAUAAACUAACCCACCUACGACUAAAGGGGGAGAGGAAAAAAAAAAUCAAUGAUAAGAAAUAGUAAACGGAGCUAAACAAACCGCAAAAACUAUUUUCUGCAUCGCGCUAAGUGUUAAUGACCGCGAGGACUGUAAUUUAAAGCCGAGAACAACUAGCGAGCCCGUAAAGGUUUAGUCUCUCUUGUCGCCGUUGAGUACACAUGCUCUGACGUCCAAUGCUAAUAUGUAAAAGUAAGCGUAAUACGAUUGCGAUUGAUUUAUUUAGAGAGAAGUUUUAACGUUAAAUACAGCCAAUAGCCACAAGAUGCCUUCGUCGCAGCAGGUUCGCCGGUGCCCUGGAAACAGUAUGCGAGUGGAUGAUUUCGACGAUCGCGAGGAACUCUUGAGAAUAUGUGUGUUACACGGGAUAUGUUUAAGGUGUUAAUUAGAUGUACCGAGCGCGAGUAGGAUGUCGAGAUGACGAAGGGGUUGACGAAGGAAGUGAAGACGAUGAAGACGACGCCGAAGACGGUGACGCGCCCUGCUAAGCGCCGACGAUAGGAUGCGUUAUUACCGAAAAAGCUUCCUUUACAUUCCAGGAAGAAUUUCGCGAAAUUCGGAGGUGCUGUAAGAUCAUGGAUAGCAUCGAUAAUGAUCGUGUCGUCGGCCUUAGCACUGAUAGCGACACCGAUAACCUGGCGAUUGAGGAGGACGAUGAUUGCGACCGCCGAUGACCGUUAACCGAAGUUGUCAAUGUAUUUACACGUAAUCUCACCAUUAACAUUAAUGUACACGUAUUCAGACGAGUUAAAGGAGUCGAGUAGAUCGCGGUAAUUAUUGUCGGUGUACGCUGUAAAUAUGUAACGAGGGGAUUGGGGUGUCAUUAAGGGGCGGCGGACGAGGCUGGGGAUGCGACUCGCUCGAUCGGUUGUAUUAUCAAUUGCUCUCGUUACGUACAUCGCGAGUUGGAAAUCUCACGGGGUGGGUCGAGGGACUCACGUUUUAUUCGUCUUAAGGGGAUCUGAAAGCGGCAUCCGGAAGCUCAACCGUUCGUCUGACUUUUCUCCAAACUGAGGGCACCGAUUGGUUUCAAACAUUACAACCUGGACGCGGAGGCUGUAAAGAUGGUCCCGGCACCCGUGAAAUUUCAUGUCUCAUGAAAUAUUUUAGAAAUAUGAACAGAUUAAGAAAAGAAAAUUGAAGUCUUAAGGGGGUAGGGACCUUCGUUUUAGGCUCUGCAAUCUCGUUGUCAGGUUGGAAACGACUCGGUACUCUCCAUUGGGGAUGAGUUUCAUAAAUGGGACAUCCUUGACGCCACUUUCACAUAGCCUUAAUCCUAGAUGGUCUUAACGUGCGCGCAAAUGCUUGACUGUCGCGUUGGAAAAUUGGCCACCGUAGCUGAUCUCUCCUAGCUGAUUUCGAUAAUCGCUACGUAGAUGUUAAGUCGACGUUGUUUAGGGUGGUCCAACGGGCGCGGGGAGGGAGGUAACAUCUUCCAGAUAUUUUCUACACGCGAUUAUAGGUACCAGCCUCGAAACUAGGCCUCGAAGGGACCUAAGGCCCGAUUUGGAUCGCCCUAGUAUAAGCGUUUCCCGAUGUCUUAGGUUCCGGCAGGAAAACGUGCUGCACCCUUCUUCGAACUUUCCGGCAAUUUAGAGCGUCCAAGAGUUAACUCGCUGCCGACUUGCAUAGGGGUAUAUAGGCGCAUGUAUUGCAUCGUAUUUGCGUAAUUCGCUCUCCCUCCGAUGUACUUGUACGUCCCGUUUUUCCGUUUCCUUCCUCAUUUCUCACUUCUAUUUUUUUUUCCCCCCUUUCCCUAUCUUUUCCUUUCGGGGGAGUGCUUUCGCUCUCGUACACGCGGAACGGACUAAAGACGCAAGCUCGGCCGACCUAUCUCGAUGUCGGGAUAUAUCUAUAUUGUGAUAAUGAAAUACGAAUCGAGCCGAACGAGACGACCGUUCGUGUCUACUCGGUCUUACGUUUCGGUACAAGGUCCCAUUUGUUUGGCAGGGCCCCAGGCCUUCAUUUUUUACUCGCUCGAGGAGGAACUUUACGUCCAUUGUAUCACUAAUCGCGGGAGGAAUAAGAUGUACGGAAAUUCGACUUUCCAUUGGUUGUUUUCGUCGGUCGGAAAUCUACGGUAUUACCGAUUGAGGCGCUCGUUGAAGUCUCAGCUUUUUGGGCUUGUAGGAAAUCCAGGGUUUCGAAUUGUCUCGGAAUUUCUUACUCUUCUUCUUUUUUUGUUUUCCCUCUCCUUUCGGUUCUGUACGUCUUAUUCUUAUUACCUGCGGUCGUAUGAUCAGUUCUAUGGAGAUAUACCAAGUCCGAACGACGAUGUUUGCGAGGAAAUCCGUGGACUAUUAUUUGCUUGUUGGAGAAAAUGAGAGGAGAAAUAUGGUCGUCGCGACUGUACGGAUCUGUGGCGCGUCUCAAUGGUUCCCUUCAACUUUAUCCCCAAUUUUUGUACAGUAACUUAGCAGAAUUUCAUUAGCUGGAUUUACGUAGCCUUAAAUAGCAGGCCCUUCGCGGCUAUACCACAGUGUUAAGACGUAGGGAUUCUUUUUAAAUCGAGCACGUGGAGGGGGCGUGCAUCCCUGCACUUCGGUGCAUCGGCGUAUCGUCCCUCUUCUCUCUCUUUCUCUCUUUUUAUUUUUUAGCGCCCACUCUUGAGGAGGACGCUGAAAAUAAUCCAAUAAUGGUUUAAGUCACCCGAAACUCACGCGACUGCGUUUAAGGCCGACAGCUUAUUAAAACGAUAUCACGCCUAAAGUUCUAACAUUACGGCUACUAGGGUGGGGAGUCAUUAGGCCGAAAUCACGUACACGCAAAAAAGGAGAAAAAAAAAAGUGACAAGUGAAUGCAGAUAUUUUAUAGUAGGCUUGUGAUUAAAUUAAAAAUAAAAAAAAUGAAAGAUUGAUUAUCGAACAAUCCGAGGGGGGAAACGAUGUGUAAAGAGGAAUACUAUUGCUUUCCACAUGCAGAAUAUACUAUUGUAAUUAUGUCGUUAAUAAAUUGUUUUUUAUUUUAA